GGGAGUGGCCACACUGGCCCCAGUCAGGUCGUGUCAGCGAUGGGCCGCUGGUCGCUGCAGCUGCAGCUGCUCACCUGUGUGCUCUCAGCACGAGCAGCCUGCCCCACGCCCUCGGUGCUCGGCCACAGCAGGUCUGGCUCACUCGAGGACGGCGAGGGCUCCACCACCGUCAUCACCACCACUGGCAUUGCGACGUCCGCACAAACAACCUUACCCUCAGUUGGUAUGGAGGCGGCCCUCUCGGCGGAGCCCUUGGAGGCUCACGAGCAGGGCGAGUCCUGGCUGUACGACCCCGACCGACAAGAGGACAUGGACGCCUGCUUCACCGCGUUCGACAAGGACGGGGACGGCUACCUAGACCUUAAAGAAUUCGGUUCAGUGUGCCGAGCUCUCUUUAGAAAUGACAAGGGAAAAAUCUACACGCUCGAACCUAAACAACUUUAUACGGUCUUCAAUAUUUUUGACAGGAACAAGGAUGGCUACAUUGAUAGGGAGGAGUUCACACGCUGUUGGAACCAGUGGAUUAAAACGAUCGUGCGGCCCGUGUCCGUGUUCCUGGUGGUGGACGUGCAGAACGACUUCAUCAGCGGCACGCUCAACAUCAGCCAGUGCGCGGCGCAGCAGAACGGCCUGGACGUGGUGGACCCCAUCAACCGGCUGCUCGACACGGUCGAGUUCGACGCCGUGUUCUACUCGCUCGACUGGCACCCCAGCGACCACGUGUCCUUCAUCGACAACCUGCCCUACCGCAAGCUGCACGACUCGAGUCCGGUCAAAGCCGAGGACGCCAAGACGUACGACACGGUGGUGUUCGAGGGCCCGCCGCAGAUGAAGCAGCGCCUCUGGCCGCGGCACUGCGUCCAGGACUCGUGGGGCGCCGAGCUGCACAAGGACCUCAAGGUGGUGGAGGGCGCCAUCAAGAUCUGCAAGGGCACCAACCCGGAGGUGGACUCGUACUCGGUGUUCUGGGACAACAAGAAGCUGACGCGCACCACGCUGGGCGACGAGCUGCGCGCCAAGAACGCCACCGACAUCUACGUGUGCGGGCUCGCCUACGACGUGUGCGUCGGUGCCUCGGCCCUGGACGCGCUCACCAUCGGCUAUCGCACCGUGCUCAUCGACGACUGCAGCCGCGGUGUGGACCUCAACGAUAUCGAGAAGACGAAGCAGACCGUCAUGACUAACAGUGGGGUCAUCGUCAACUCGAACCAGGUGAAGGCCAUGGUGGAGGGCCGGGACCGCCGCGCCGAGCUGGGCUACAAGCUGGCCAUCGAGAUCCGGAAGCGCGAGGAGGACAUGGAGGGUGCCAACGAGCCACCGCUCGCCGGCCAGCAGGUGGAGAGCUGCAACGCCUAGCCGCGCAGGGGCUUCUUUGUGAUUCAGCUUCCAGUUUGGUGAAGUAUUUUUUUUUUUUAGAAGGGUUUGAAUCCAUGUUAAGUUUUUGGAAAUCACGGUUAUUUUUUAUUAUUGUUUUUUAAAUUUAUAUUUUAACUCCCCUUUAGAGCUGUUGGCUCAAUAGGAGGAAGGGCUAGUAACAUAUAUUUCGAUUUAUAGUGUUUUAAUUUAAUUUUUUUUUUUUUUGCGGGGAAAAUCAGUAUUAAUAAAAGACGAAAAACAAACAAACUUUGCACUGUUGAUCUAUAAGCACUUAGCUGAUGAGCUUCUCUUUUUAAUUGAGAUUGUGAACAAUUGUAGGGUAUUAAUAUUGUGUUAAUUGUCGGUGUUUGGAUCUCUUUUUUUGCGUACAUUCUAACGUUUCUGAUGAGUUAUUUCCUUAGUUAGGCUCAUCUCAGUUACAACAACCCGGUGUUAGGAAUACUCUUAUUCAUAUCAAACAGGUAUUGGCUCUCUCUAUUUUCUUCAUUCCUUUACAAUGUCUUAGUUUUGUUGUAAUGUGUGUUUUGUGUGUGUAUUUAUCAGUAGGUAAAGACAUUACCUAAAAGCUUUAAUAUGUCUGUCCCCAGGGCGUUCUUAUUUCCCAUCAAAAUACAUGCAACCAUGGCAUGGUUACUUUAAAUUAUGUGUGUUGAGUUAUUUUUUAAUUUUAUUUGUUGGACUCUCUUCUGUUUUGUAUGUGUCCUUCAGGCUAAAAUUUUAUUAUUAUUUCUGUAAGAGCUCUGCACAGCUUAAAAAAAGAAUGUUCAGUUUUCUUGAUCUGCAAGUUGUUACUAUAGUAAUUUUUUUUCUGCAGAUUGAGUACUGACCGAUGGUGACAAGGCUCAAAAUCUCUGCAGUAUUAUGUCAUUCAAAGCAUCCCUGUUAAGUUCCUUCUAUAGAGAGAACUAGAACAUAUCAUUCUGAUGUCAUUCUUUAGUAUACCUGGAGUGAUGAUCUUUCAGGAAAAUUUGGCUGUGAUGGAUAAUACUUUUUUUUUACUUGCAAAACAUUCAUUGACACUGUUGUUACCAUUGUAGACAUUUACACAUCCUAUUAGUAUUGAUAUACUUAGUUUCCUGCACUGGUUUCAAAAGUUUCCUCAGUGUUGUGUACAGCCACGGGCAGGGGGUCUAGGGGCCUACGCGGGAAACUGCCUCGAGGACCCUCAAAAUGCGCGGGGCCCAACUUGGCUUUUCCCAAGUAGCCGGCACGGACAAGCCCGUGGCUGGUUGUGUAUACCAUUUGUAGACUUUCGAAAAGCGAAAAAUAAAUUGUUUAGGAAUAAA